CGGAAUGGAUGAUACCUUUGUCCGUAUUUUCAAAAUGAUUCAAUCUUUUCCUAACGAGCUACAAAUUAAAAUAUUAACUUAUGUAGUUACUGAAACAAAUUUUGAGUUUUUCUGUGCUCUUCGAACUGUUUGCAAAAAGUGGAACAUAUUCGUUCCUUUAAUCAUGCACGAAACUGUUAUAUCCAGGUUAAAAUCUGGUUUAAUAUUUGAGUUUGAUUGGAAUGAAAUUGAAUGGUCUGAAAAUUCACCACCAAUUUAUGAUGAUCGUACCAAGACUUUUACUUUUGCAUUUAAACCUGUAGAUUACGACUCCAGUUCAGUUAUACACAAUUAUAAUAGAAGUUAUGAUUAUAUAGAUCAUUAUCAUGCUAAAUCUAAACUGUGCGUACAUAAGAGGACUGAAAAACAGACUGUCGUUGAUUAUUAUAAACCAAGAGCUGAAGCUAAACUUGGAAUCGAAUUCAGCAGUACUGUUUCGCCAACAUUCACAAGUGAUGAUAAUAUGUGUGAAUAUAAAUUUGACUCUCAAAAUAGUGUACGUUUCAAACGAGAAAUUGAGGUUGACGAAGAAGGUGAGAGUAUCAGUCAUGUUAAGCUCUGUGGUCUUACCAUUACAGCUUGGAAACUUUGUUAUGUUUUAGAUUGCCUUCAAGUUAAUGGGUAA